CAAUUAAUUUUUCUCCUUCAUUAAUUCUUCGUAUCAACAUAUUACUCCUCAAUUACCUUAUUACCAUUUUAAUUAGAGUGUGUGUGAUUCAUUAAACAAAGAUAUUUGCUCGUACAAACGAAAUAAGAUUAACCCUAAUGCCAUGCCACCAUCAUCAGAAACAACUUAUUCCAUUGAUGCACAAAAAACCAACUUCAACCAAACUUACCAAACUACCCACAUAUUCAGAUCAAAAUUACCAGACAUACCCAUCAACAAUACUAUUCCUCUCCACACUUAUUGCUUUCAAAAGCUCCCCCAAGUCUUCCACCGCCCAUGUCUCAUCACGGGUGAUGGCAAGACUUACACCUACGGUGAUAUCCACCGCGCUUCUAGAAGCUUUGCCGUGGGCCUCUUCAACCUUGGAAUCCGCAAAGGUGAUGUCAUCAUGAUCCUACUCCCAAACUCUCCAGAAUUCGUGUUCUCCUUUUGGGCUGCUUCUAUGCUUGGUGCAGUUUCCACCACUGCCAACCCUUCUUACACCUCCGUUGAAAUCACAAAGCAGCUCAAAGCCUCCAAGGCCAAAAUCGUCAUUACACGUUCCAUGCACGUGCACAAGCUCAAACAAGAACAAGAAAACAGCUUUAUAGUGAUAACUGUAGACAAUCCACCAGAGAAGUGCAUGAGCUACUCGGUGGUUUCCAGCAUGGAAGGGAAGCUGCCGGAGGUGGAUAUCGACCCUGACGACAUGGUGGCACUGCCAUUUUCCUCCGGCACGACGGGGCUGCCGAAGGGUGUGGUUCUGACACACAGAAGUCUGAUAACAAACGUGGCUCAACAAGUUGAGGGAGAGAACCCUAACUUGCACCUGAAGGAAGAGGAUGUAGUGCUUUGCGUUCUACCAUUGUUUCACAUUUACGCACUACACUCGGUGAUGUUGUGCUCUAUGAGAGUAGGGUGUAGGGUGUUGCUUAUGGAGAAGUUUGAGAUGAGGGUGAUGUUGGAGCUUGUGGAAAAGCACAGGGUUUCGGUUUUGAUGGCGGUACCGGCGUUGGUGGCAGCACUUUCAAAGAACCCGGCGGUGGAGGAGUAUGACCUUAGGUCCAUGCGGAUGGUGAUGUCGGGAGGUGCCCCACUUGCAGAGAAUAUUGAGGAGGCUUUUCAUAGUAGAUUGCCUCAAGCAAUCCUUCGACAGGCUUUAGGAAUGACAGAAUCAGGACCUGUAAUAUCGAUGUCACUAAGUUUUGCAAAGAAUCCAAUGACAACCAAGUUAAGAUCAUGCGGUACUGUUAUUAGAAAUGCAGAGUUGAAGAUCAUUGAUCUUUUGACAGGCUCUUCUCUCCCUUAUAAUACUUCGGGUGAGAUUUGCAUCCGAGGUCAACAAAUUAUGAAAGGAUACUUGAAUGAUGAGAGGGCCACAGCAGAAGCUAUUGAUGAAGAGGGUUGGCUUCAUACCGGUGAUAUUGGCUAUGUAGAUGAUGAUGAUGAGAUUUUCAUUGUUGAUAGACUCAAGGAACUCAUCAAAUUUAAAGGCUUCCAGGUAUAUAUAACUUGA